AUGGCGGAAGCGACCUCUAAUUUUCCCAACGAAGGGGAUGCCAUCGAUGAGCAUGGUGGCGAGAGCCAAGUCAGCGUCGCUGAGGUUGUGAUCAAAACCGGUGCUGAUGCAGCAGAACACUUGCAUUCUGCGGUGACUGUUCGCAGCAUCGUUCUUGCGACGGCUGUUUCUGGGUUUCAGGCGGUGAUGUCCCAAAUCUACACUUUCAAGCCAACUGUCAUCACCGUCUCGGGAACAUUUAUCGUCCUCAUUUCGUACUUUGUGGGCAACGCGUGGGCCAGAUUCCUUCCCCGUAGUGAUAAGUUCGAGGCUGGUUGGAGAGAAAAGAUUGGUCAGGGCAAGCUUCCUUGGUGGAUCUCGGUCAUCAAGUUUGUCAACAACGGUCCAUGGAGUCUGAAGGAGCACUCUGUUUGUGCCAUCACGGCUACUUCGGCGUCUAAUGCCUCGGUUACAUCCACCGUCUUUGCAGCUCAGAAUCUCUUCUACGAUCUACCCUUGAGCGCUACGACGGUGAUCCUGAGUACUAUCUCGAUUGGUCUAUUCGGGUAUGGUCUCUGUGGAAUCAUGCGACCAAUUGCAGUCUGGCACGUCGAAUCCGUCUACUGGAAUACCUUGCCCACAGUGAAUACCCUCCAUGGCCUGCAUUGGCAAGAAGUGAAGAAUUCCAAGCCGCUUCGACUUUUGAUCACAACUCUCCAAACUUCAUUGCCUCUCAAGUUCCAGAUUCACCAAGCUAUCGGGAUUCUCGUCUGUUUCAUUGCAAUGCUUGCAAUUUACUACGGAGAUGCCUGGGGUGCAAAGUCGCAGCCGUUCAUGUCGACUGUUUUCCACACGGCGGACGGAAAAAGAUAUCCCAGCAGUCAAGUCUUUCCAGGAGAUGUACUCAGCGAGUCCGCUCUCGCCAAGUACGGUAUAACCCGUAUCACUGGAACCUUUGCAUACGCCAUGUUUAUGGCCAAUGCUGCAACUUGUUUAUCAAGCUUUAAUAUUAUCAAGAGCGCAAGGGAAGGUCGAUAUGACGAUCGGCACCAUCAGCGCAUGGCAACACACUACAAAGAAACUCCAUGGUGGUGGUACGGUUUGGUGCUCCUUGGCAGCUUCAUCCUCGGCCUUAUCGUGAGCACCAUCCUUUACGGCCGCUAUGGCAAUGGCAUUGCUAUCAACAAUCUAUCCAAGAUGAUUGCCGGUCUCACACUGCCAGGACGCCUGAUUGGGAACAUAUGGUUUACCGUCAAAAUUCCCCCUCGAGUAAUGUUCCUGAUUCAGAUCUAUGGCACGGUUCUCGGUGGCUUCGUCAACCAUGCGGUCAUGAUCUCGAUUGUUGCUGGCAAUCAAGCCUUACUUGCGAAUGGUAAUGGUAACUCGUCCUGGAGUGGUGCAAAUGUACAAGCAUACAACACCAACGCAGCUUCCUGGGCUCUGGCACCUUAUCUUUACAAGAUCGGUUCGAGGUGUCGUCGCUUGGAUCGCCUCUUUUACCAGUUCAUUCCAAAUAUUGGCCGCCUGGACGUCUCCAAGAUCAACAUGGCCCAGAUUAUCCAGUACGCGGGCUUUAUCCCGUACAAUCAGUCCCAGGCCUGA